CGUACACCCUGGUGACGUCACUAAUAGCAUGAUGGCGGCAGCUUGGACUAUUUUGAAUCCCGUCCCGCUUUUCCAGCAUUAAACGGACUUGUUUUGACACCAAAAAAUGUUACGCCGCGACUCGGAAAGCACCAACUAAGCGACAAAUACUAUCAUGGAUUCGGUGAUGGGCGACGACCAGACGCUCCCCGUUGACUUGAACGGAAGCUGCGCCCUCCUGGACUCCAUAAAUGCUGGUGACGCCGCGGGCGUCAUGACAGCGGCGUCCUGUCCCAGCAAGAUGGCCCCAAUCAAAGCCCUCACCAUGAAGGACUACGAAAAUCAAAUCACCGCGUUCAAGAAGGAGAACUUCAACCUGAAGCUGCGCAUUUACUUCCUGGAGGAGCGCAUGCAGCAGAAAUGCGACGGCUCCACAGAGGACAUCUUCAAAACGAACAUCGAGUUGAAAGUGGAGCUGGAGUCUAUGAAGAGAGACUUGGCAGAGAAGCAGGAGCUGCUCGUGUCGGCGUCCAAAGCGUUGGAGAGUCUGGCCGCUCGAGAGACGGGAGAGCCGCAGCGCAUCAGAGAGCAAGCGCAGCGAGACAUGGACGCGCUCCGAAACUCGCUCAACCAGAGGAUCUCCCAACUGGAAGAAUGUCUGCGAACGGCCGAAGAUGAGGUGGAGAAGAUGGCGGCCAUCGCUGAGCAAGAGAAGCUGAAGAACAUCAACAUGGAGAAGCAGCUCCAGUUCGCGGGACUGCCCGACCCCCCCUCGCCCGCGCAAGACCUGCAGCUGGCCCUGCAGGAGAAGGACGACAUCAUCGAGCAGCUGAAGAUGACAUUGACCCACCGGGAAGCGGAGCUCCGUCAAAGCGACGACAGGCACAGAGAGAUGUCAAACGGGCGAGUCAAAGAGCUGACGGACGAACUUGAGGCCCUGAAGGAGCAACUCCUCAAAGAAAAGGACCAAAUGAAACCUGACAACCAGAGCGAGCUUCAUCGACUGGAGUCCGUCAACAAGCGGCUGACCGAGGAGCUCGCCCAGGCGAGAAGCGCCCAUGAAAAGCUGACAAGGACGCUGGAAGAAAGUCAGAGCCAAGCCAAGACGCUGUCGGGAAGGCUGGACGAGAGCGACAAUGAACUCCAAGCGGAGAAGAAAAACGGGCUCAAGCGAGACAAAACCAUCCAAGGGCUCACGCAGGUCCUCAGAGAAAAAGACAAAGAGAUUGCAGAGUUGUGCCAUGAGAUCGAGGACCGGGACGAUGCCCUCGCCAAAGCCAGGGAAACGGCGCACAAGGCCCAGAUGCAAAAAUAUCAGGCAAGUUGCCUCUUUGACAUGCCGCUGGGUCCGCGUGCGACCGUGCAAAACCUCCAGUUCAAGACCAGCGUCUUGCGUCGACUCCUCCCGCAGGGAGCGGAAGAGCACCAAAGUCUCUUGACGGCCAAGCAAACCGAGCUGAUCCAACUCCAAGGCGACCACCACGCCAAGGUGAUGGAAGCCCAGAAGCUGCAGCGGGCCCUGGACAGGAGGGAGCAGGAGCUGGCUGACUUGCAGCAGGCCAAGGAGCAGCUGGAGGUGGAGCUGGAAGACCUGCAGCAGCAGAAGAAGAAGGGAGACAAAGCCUUGAAUGAUCUCAACAACCAAGUGAAAAAGCUAAGCGGCGAGAUCGAGGAGAAGGAACGUUCUCUGGAGCAGGAGUACCAGGAGCUGUUGGAGCAAACCAAAAGAAAAGUGCACGCCCACGAAGUCACCAUCCAGCGGCUAACGUCCACCUUGGCCGAUAAAGAGCAGCAGUUACAGGAGUACCUAAACACGGUCAAAGAUUCGGAGCAAAACGAGAGUCCGGCGGGGAACGACGGCCUGCUCGCCAAGCUGUGCCGAAGGCUGAAAGAAAAGGAAAAGGCGCUGGAGCAAGCGCUGGAUGAGAGAUUUGCAGCCAUGGAAGAGAAAGACAACGAAAUCCACCAGCUGCAGCUCUCGCUCAGGGAGAAGGAUCGAGACCUGCAGAGGCUCAAGAACUCCCUGUCGCACAACGAAGAAACCAUUAACAAUUUCGAUAGCCUGAUCAAGGAGAAGGACGUGGAACUGCAGCACCUCGCAAACACGCUAAAGAACCUGCAGAGGGCCAAGCAAGACAUGGAGGACAACCUGAACAGAUCGCUGAGAGAGAAAGACUCCCUCAUCGGCCAGCUGCAGGUCUCCCUCGACGGCAAAACCAAAGAUUUGGAGGAAUUGUCCGAGUCGGUGCUGAGCCAGUCGCAAAGUCACGCCCGCGACUUGGCCGAGCAGCUGGGCCAGAGGUUAAAGGUGAACGAGGCCAUGCUGGCCGAGGCGGUGAAAGCCAGGGAAAGGCUCGUGGCCGACAACGAGGGCGCCGUGCAAGGACUGCUGGCAACCGUUCGGAGCAAGGACCAACUCAUCAAGGUUUGCCAAAAAAUACACGCUACUCGACGACGUGGACGCAUUGGAACAAUGUCGUUUUCGACUCGCCAGGAGUCCGCCGAGCACUACAACCGCAUGCUGUCCGAGCGUUCCCAGGAGAUCCAGGAGCUGAGGAGGCAGCUGUCCGAGCGGCAGAAUCAGCUGGCCGCCGCUGAGAGGCAAAACUCCACGGCGGCCCAGAAGGACUCUUUGGAAACCGCAGAGCUCCGAUUCGUCCUCGGUGAAAAAGACGCCGUCAUCGACAGGCUCCUCCACUCUGGUCGGGACACGGAGCACGACGGGGAGCCAGAUUACGUGCUGGAGCUCAGACAAACCAUCCAAAUCAUGCAAGAGAAGUUGGCCGAGCGCGAAGCGGAGAUCUCCAGGAGGAACAGCGACGACAGCUCGGAAAACAUUCCAGUCUCCAAGAAGACCGUUGUCGUUCUCAAAAAGGAGCUGGCGCAGAAAACGGAGGCUCUCAACAAAGCGCUGAAGAGAGAGAAUCAAUUGAAGAUGUCUUUGGCCGAGCUGCGAGCGUCGCUGUCCGAGCUGGAGGGUCGCGCCGAAGGCCAGGUUGCCAAUAUCGAGUCUCUGACCGCCACCCUCGAGACCAAAGAUGAAAUCAUACACGUUCUCCAGCAGCGCCUCGGAGAGCAAGGCGAUCGGGUCAUGGAUCGAUCGCCAUCGGGGCUCCCGCAAAGGGAGAGCACCAUGAUUGGCGGAGACAGCCAGCAAGAAGUCCUUCCCACCCUGGUAGCUUUGCAGCAGGAACACGAAGCGCUCAACAAAGCUCUGAGGGCCGAGCAGCAGCUCUACUCCAGCCUGGUCAGGACUGUGAAGGAGCAGGACAGUGCCCAACGUCUUCACGCUCUGCAGCUGGAGCUGACGGCGGUGCAGCUCCUCAGGCAGCAGCUGGAAGACGGCGUCAAAGCCAACGAGGAGCUCAGGGACGACUUGGAGAGAGAGCUCGACAGAGCCAAAAUCAGAGAAGGCGUGAACGUCGUCGACCCCAACGAACUGGAGAGCGUGCGGCACCAGCUGGAAGAUGCCCAGCGCUGGAAUGCCUCUCUUCAGGCCCGUUUGGGGGCCAUCCAGAACCGCGGCGGUGGAGUGGGCGGCGCCAUUGACAGCCGGGACUCGCUGAGUUUCGUCGGCGACCAAACGUCUUACAUGAGCAUCUGCGUGGGCGAGGCCCGUGACGACAGUUCGCCGCAGAAGGUGCUGGAGCUGCAGGAGCAUGUCGGCAGGCUUCAGGCUCUAAACGCGGAGCUCCAGAACAGGUUGGCAGCACAGGAGAAGGCCGGCCAAGAUGCUCUCAACAAGGAGGACCAAAAGCUGGCCAGCAGUCGUCCGUGGAAACAGCAGCCAGACAGCGCGAGCGUUACGGAGGCGCCGCCUGCAGCUCACCGGACGUGCUGCUAUCAGGACCAAGCGAGUCAGACAGACUUCCCACUCGUGCAGCGACUUGGGAAUGAGAGUGUGGACAGCGGCCUGGGCCAGAGCAGAGAGAAUGCUCAGUGUGCCUCCACCGCAGAGAGCCAGUCUGAAAAAAGGCUCGCUUCACCACUCCUGCACAUAAGAGAGGAAGUCGGCAGGCUCACGGCUGAAAACGUUCAUCUGCGAGGUCUGCUGAAGGAACAAAAGUCCAGCGAGCACAAGGAGAAGGAGAGCACAGACGCGUCGGGCGACAGCAGCGACGGGCAGGCUGACUUAAGACGCGCUCGGGAAACCUCGCAGGGCAAAGACGAGGAGGGCGCACCCGCCACGGAGGAAGUGGCAAGUCCGCAAGAUGGCAAGAUUCCAAAACACAAGGCCUGUCUCAAAUCUCGCCUGCCCGUUCCGGUGAGGCCGAGACCGGAAGCUUGCAGCGAAGCGGACGCAGUGCGGCGGCGACCCGACGCCGACCCUGAGCAGCAAUCCCCUUCGAACUCCCCGGCGUCGUCGCAACCGAGCGCCGGCCCUUCUUCUUCCUUCGAACGUGCUCCCGAUAGCGGCUAUCCGUCCACGUACACGCCGGACGACACUCAGGGCCACGCUGGUCUCUUUAACCAGCUGGAGCUCCUCCACCAGGAGUGCCAGGAGAAGGAGGCCUUGAUCAACAAGCUGGGCGAGCAGCUGGCCGAUUGGGAGGAGCUCCGCGCUCAGCUCCAGGACAAGGAGCGUCUCAACAGCCAGUACGUCGAGGCCUUGCGAGCCGCCGAGUCCACCAUUGCCUACCUGACCGCCUGCAGUCUGGGCGGCCAGGGUGGGUCCGGACAGGGAGCGGGCUCCGCUUGUACGGGCUGCGAUGGCAACUGCCUGGAUUCACAGAGAGCGCUUCAGGAAAAGGAGGAGCUCAACAAGCAUCUUGCACAACUUUUGAACUUGGCAAAGAAGCACCUUUUGUUGGCAGACAGCCAGGGAAAGCAGGCGCAAAUCAAAGAUCUCUGUUUGAAGAUAGAGGCAGCCAACGCCUCCUCAGAUGAGCCCAGCCCGAGAGGGGUCUUUGGAGGAGCCGAGGGUUCGGCGCACGACGACUCGUCUUCCGCCGAGACGGAACCUUUCCGAGAAAAUGAGCUGCGGGAUCAAGACGGGAAAAGCGGAAGUUCUGAUCCGACUUCAAGUCAGAAGAUGACCAAAGUUCUUCUGAAAUGCCUUAGCUCAGCGGAAUCCGCCAUUGCUUCUCUGGCUGCCGGCUGUACGAGUAGCGGCUCGUUCAGCCAGCCCGACCUGCAGCGCCACUUGGACAACCUUCAGCGAGCUCUACAAAACAGACAACGACUGGGGCGCCUGACUCGGCCAAACGAGGAACUCCUCAAGUCGGACCUCCUUGGCAACCUGAAAAUUCUCUCCCGGGUCCUCGGUGAUCACUCGCGGAGGAUUUGCGAGCUGGAGGCCUCCCUGCGGGAAGAGAGCGAGGCCCACGUCGUGCCGCCGGACACCAAGGGCUUAGCGCCCGGCGUUCAAGCUCAGCUAGAGACUCUCCACAAGGCGCUGAGGGAGAAGAAAAAAGCCUGCAAAAACCUGGAGGAGAAAUUGGCUCAGUCCACACCGAAUAACGCGGUGCAAAAAGCUGUGGAGCAGGAUGACAAAGGUGUGCAGGUGGAUUUGCAGGACCUGGGUUACGAAACCACACCCAAGAGCGCCAACGAUAGGGAAGAGAGCAGUAGCUCAGACCUCGAGGUGGGCGUCAAAGCGAGCGGAAGCGCCGCUAGUCUCCCUUCGCUGCUGACCCGUGAGCAGGCGCACUUUUCCUCCACCGAAAAUCUGGACUCGGCCUCCAGCACACCGUACCCGAGUUCCCCCUCCUUGAGCUCGGCCAAGGUCAGCCUGAAAAGCCUUCAGACCUACGAAGACUACGGCCUCUCCGAGGACCCGCUGCUGCUCCAGGCGCAGGUGCGAGAGUUGAAGGUCCAGUUGGAAAGGCAAGCCAAACUGGCCCGCCAGAUGCAAAGGAACGCCGUUGACCCGGUGGGCGGCCACCGCUCCGACCAGCUGACCGAUCGGGACGGAACACAGAGCCGUCCCGCCAGGCCCGGUAGGGAGCAGACGCGUGACGAAGAGCCCCGGGCCACGAGCGAUGUGGAGGCGGAAAGAAAGACGAGCGCCAAGGGGCAGCUACAGCAAGCGCGUAGCCGCUCCACAUCGCCCGCCAGCCUGGACUCCCUGGUGCAGUCGCAAGCCAGGGAGCUGUCGCAGCUCAGGCAGCAGCUCAAGGAGAGCCGGCGACUGGCGGGCCUUCAGCGCCGACAGACGGCCGAGCUGAGGAGGGCCUUCCAGGAGAUGCUCCACGCCAGCCCGGCCGAAGGCUACAUGAACGAGGUGCUCAAGGAGCAGCUGGACAAGAGCCUGAGGAUUCUGGAUCGGCUGGAGGGACGCCUGGACAAAGGAGAGACGCAUCGUGAGAAUGAAGAUGUGGCAGCUCUGGAGCUUUCUCGCAGUGAACGGGGGCUGGCGGACAGCCCCGCCGGCCCGGUCCAGCAGGAGCUGGAAAAGCUGCGUGCGGAGCUGGAGGCUGAGAGGCAUUGGCUGCGGAAACAUGUCGGUUGCCUGCUUGGGCAAAAUAUCGCAGUGACCGAGCGCGCCGGCGAGCGCUUAGACGCGUUGGCCAAAGAACUGCAGGAGAAGAAUUGCCUCAUCCAGAGCCUGCAGAGUCAGCUCCGAGUCCAGAGUCCCAACAGCCCCCAGAGCGGAAGGUCCUCCAUUCACGGCAGGCUGCCCACGCAAGGAGAAGGAGCCGAGGUGGCGGACGUGUCCGGCGACCGACUUUUGCUCCUGCAGAGGGAGAACCAACUGCUUCACCAGCGUCUCAGGGGCAGCGAGCAGCUCAACGUCAGCCUGCGCGGCGAGCUGGACCUGCAUCGUUCCGUCAUGGCUCAUCAUCAGGAACGCCACGAGGCGGUCGAGUCGGCGGCAAACGCCUCCGCGGACACGCCGGCCGUCAAUUCAGACCUGCUGGCCGAGCAUCUCGAGGAGAUCCGAGCUUUGAGGCGGCGCCUGGAAGAAAGCAUCUCCACCAACGACCGGCUGAGGGAGCAGCUCGAGAGGAGGCUCGCCGAGGUGGAGCAAGACCCAGCGGCCACCAACAUCUUCAUCCACGGCGGCGAGGGUCAAGCUCAGCUGGUCAACGAGCUUCGCUUCUUGCGGGGUCAGAACCAAGCGCUGAAGGAGCAGAUCAACCUGGAGUCCAAAGACAAACAACGGGAGGGCGAGCGGCUGCGGGAGAGCCUGGCGAGACGCACGGCCAAGCUGGAGCAGAACAGGAAGGAGAGCGACCUCCUGCGGCAGGAGAACGUCAUGCUGCGGGAAAAGCUGGAGCUCGUCGCUCGAGAGAACGCCAGGCUGCAGGAAUCGCUGCACGCCGGCGAGGACCAGCUGCGCAGUCUGCAGUGCGAGGUGAAGCUCCAGCGACAGCACGUGACCGACUCGCAGCGCCUCUUGCAGUCGCUGCGUGUAGAGCUGCAAGUUCGCGAGAAGAUGGAGACGGCGGAGCAGAGUCCAAGCGUCGGCGCGACCGAGGAUCCCGGCGGCGCGGCCGACCUGUCCGAGCUGCUGUCGGAGAUCCGCCACCUGCGAGUGCAGCUGGAGAGGAGCAUCCACACCAACGGCACCCUGCGACAGAGGCUGGAGGAGCAGCUGUGGCGAGGGCCCGGCCGCUCCGAAACCAUCAACAUCAACUACCUGCUCUCCUCCACUGGUCAUCUGAGCCCAGAUGAAGAUUCAAUUCAAAAUUCGCCCGGUCGCCAAGGCUGCUGCGAGGCGGACGGCGAUGGCAGCAGCUCGGGCGAAAGCGUGACGGGCGCUCCCUCCCGCCUGGUGCCAGGGGACCGCCUGUGGGCCAACCGCAAUGGGCGCCACAUUUUGGCGCUGGUGGAGGACUACAGCGCCCUCCGCAGGCUCAUCUCGGAAGGACGCAAGCUGGCACGCGGCAUGGACGUCCAGCUGCGUCGCUGUCUCAACAAGAUGCGGGACGAGGAGAGCGUGAAGCAGCUGUCGGGCGACGUGAGCACGACGCAGCAGGUUCUGGACGAGGCCGCCCGCCUGCUCAAGUUGGUGUGGAGAGUCUCUCUGCCGCUAGGGGGCGCCAUGACGCCGGCUCGCGACCAACAGGACGAUCUGAAGAGGGAGAUCUCGCGUCUGAAGAGUAGAUUGUCCCAGCAGGACAGAAUGCUGAGCGGAGCUGUCAAACGCCUGCGCACCACCAACCAGCUCAAGGAGGGCAUGGAGAGGGUCAUCAUCGACCAGCUGUCGCUCACCCACGGCGUGUUGAAGAAAGCCCGUGGAAAUUUGGAGAGAACUCACUCUUACCUCCUUGGCCCACAAGGCCCGACUGGAGCGCAAGGAGGUACCUGUAAAUGGCCAAUAGCAGGAGUCGAAGUCUACUCCUCGGACGAGCUGUGAUCACGCUUCCUGGUCCUCUCCGGUUGUCACCUUAGCCCAGUGAUUCCCAACCUUUUUUCAUUCACACCUUUUCAUUGGAAAAAAAUCUCGAGGCACACCACCAACAAAAAUCUGUUAAGUGUUACACCAGCUUCUAUAUUAAGAUCAGUUAUAUUACAACAAAAGACGUAAAGUUCUAUUCCUAUAUAUGUAUGGAGAGUCGAAUAAUUGAAAAAAAAUAAAUAAAUACUAAAUACCAAAAUUUGACAUUUGGUUAACUGCUUUAUGAUAUGUAUAUGUGUUUUACGUUGUGUAACGUGUUGGUGUCCCACAAAAUAAAGAGCAAGUAGUCAAAUACA